AUGCACAUUAGAGUACCAGAAGCAGUGCCCAGGGGAGAAUCGGUGGUGCUGGGUUGUGACUACGAUCUAGAAUCUGCCGCCUUGUAUACCAUCAAAUGGAGGCGAGAGAAACAUAACAAAGCUGUCAAUGUUCUUAGGCCUCAUGAGAAACUCUGCAGUACUCUGCCUGAUUUCUGUCUGAAAUUAAGAUUCCAUACAUCUCAUGUUCCUGAAGAUGAUCUCGUAUUGAGGAUAGAAUCUCAAAAAGUCGCACCUGGUGGUAGAGUUAGAGCGAAUUGCACUACUCCAGGCUCUUAUCCUGGGAUCAAUAUCACUUGGUUCUUGAAUGAUGAAGAGGUAAGGAAGAUUAUCAACGGUUAUUUAUACACGGAGAGUGGAGAGCCAGAGGAACAAACGAUGAAGCUAAAAAGAACGAAUUCCCAAAAGAACUCCAGCCUGGGAUGGUUAAUGGAUAACUUCCACUCCUUGAUUGGUCUUGAGGGAAAUACUUAG